UGCGCUGUGAGUGCUUUGCUGUCGCCAGCGCCUGCUGCUCGCUUCGCGUCCCCAGGGGGGUGUAGCCCGUCGGACGGCCAUGCAGCGGCCCGACCAUCGUGCGGAGCGGCCAGCAGCCAGCGUGGUGCAACGAUUCUCCGGCGUGAAGCCGCCACGGUUCGUCCUGCGCCUGGCUAACAGCAACUGGCCACACGAUCGGGCCUUCGUCGGCUGUUAGGUGGUAGGCGAACAGCAGCGGUUUGCGGGAGGCUUCCACCUGCAAAGGCCGCCACCUCCCUGGGUGCUGUUGCAGCUUUGCCCCCGCCAUGGCGACGGACAAUGGUGUAUCCGCCAACGGACUUGCGUCGCAUCCAUCGUCAGAGCCACCGCACAUCCUGCCGGGAAGCAGGAAAGGCAGCGGAGAAGACCUCGUGACCACUUCAGCUGCUGCAGGGUCACCCUGCGGACCUCUGGUUAUUCCUGUAGCCUGCCAGAGCUCAAGUCCAAAUGGGGAUACACGCUAUUCAGAAGACACGAUCAUCAAGGUUGCAGAUGACGGCAUAAUUGCACCGGUUCCAAGCUGCGGUGACCUGUGCAGUUCGGGAGCUGCAGGCGUUGCACCCAAUCCAACAGAAUGCAGUCCUGCACAGCAGUCUCCUAAUGGUGCGACUCCUCCUGCGAGUUCAGGUGUACCUGCUUUGUCAAUGCUUGAAGAACCUAGUUCCAGACUGCAAGCUCCAGAUGGCUCUGCAACAACAGUGGUUGAUUCGCCAAAGGGGGGUGAGGAGAGGGCUGCCACUGAUGUGGCAGACUGUGUCUCGAGACCUAUCCAGGAGUGUUCUCCAGGGUCAGCAAUGACAACCUCAUUGAGCAAUGGCAUUCUACCUAAGGCAGAUGGCGCUGCUGUCUCGGAAAUGCAGAACACCGCUGGCUCAGAAACUAAAGUGGAGUCUCCCAGUAGGAGCCACAUUUUUGAACCACUGCAAAAUGGGAAGUUGCCCGAACAGCUCCCAAGUGGUGGCUCUCCGCUUCGCUCCGGUGACAGAGGACUUCAAGAGUCACCCAGAGUACAACAGACGACUUCUCCUGAGUCGCCGAGAGAAAACGGCAAGCGGUCGCCGUGCUGCAAUGGGAGGGAGGAAGUGCGGACACUGGUCGUUAGCCAAGCCGUUACUGGGGGUAGUCCGAGGGCUCGGGGUUGCGAGCCAGUGCCAGAUGCAGGGUCAGAGACCGCUGGAAAGAAGCACUGUGCUGCUGUGCCCAAUGGGGACGUGGGGUUGAGGUGUGUCCGAGACAGUGCUGACGUCGGCAGUGACAAGACUGUGCUUCCAGCACAAUCUGUCCUUCCAGAAGGCAGGAGGCGCAGUGCUUCAGACGGGGCGGUGCAGGAGAACGGCUGGGCACAAAGAGGUCGAUCUAGCCACUCGGAGUGCAACGGUCUAGACCGACGCACCGUCGUGCUGAGCAGCAGCAGCGGUAGCAGCAGUGGCUCCACUGAGGGGCCCGACAGUCCCUUGCCUGGAGAGACCCUUGGCUCUGGUGUCCGGUGGAGCGGUGGGGGACGUAGUGUCUCCGAGGUCAAGGAGCUCGCCUACGCCCGCCUGCAGGCAGAGCUGUCACGUGCGCAGCAGGAGCUACGUCUUCGUGAUGAGGAAGUAUCUCGGCUGAGCCAGAUCCGAGACCAGGUGGGCGCUGAGCUGGAGGAGCUCACUGCUAGCCUAUUUGAGGAAGCGAACAACAUGGUGCGGGAGGCCAACAUGAAGCAGGCAGGAGCUGAGAAGCGGCUCAAGGAAGCUACUCUGAAGGUGGAAGUGUUGCAAGCGGAGGUGAGCGCCCUCAAGGCGCUCGUGCUCACUUCGACACCCAGCCGGCCCAACACGCACCUGCACCCGCAGCUCAGUCGGCAUCGGCACCGGCGGUCACCCUCCAACUACGAGCUGGCCACGUGCCGGCCACCUUCCCCUCCCAGCCAGCAGGUGUCCCAGCAGCAACAACAGCAGCAGGGCCAGUCCCAGUCGGGCCAGGUUGGCAGUGAUGGAACGAGCCCUGACCUCUCGGAGGUGGACCCGGUGUGCCAUCGGGAGUUCCUCCGGUGGCAGGAGAAGCCAACUGUGUCGGACCGGGAGGAUAUGUUUGUGUCGCGACUGUACCGGGAGGAUGUGCUGCCCUGCCUGCACUUUCCCAACUGCCAGCUGGCUGCGCAGGUGCUGCGUGCCAUCGAGGAGAACAGCAUCACCAUCGAGGCGGUCAACGCGGCCAACCCCUUUCCCAGGCGCUGUUCUCUGUUGGAGGCACCACGUGUUUGCCAGUACCGUAUGCGGCUGGGCGACUCGGGCUCUUCCUGGUACCACAUCUCGCAGCUGUGCCGAAACCGGAUAACGUCAGUGUGUGACCUCUUCUGCUACCUACGCUACAUACAGCAGGGUCUGGUUCGCAGCAGCCUGCAGGAGAUGUACUGGGAGGUGAUGCGACGGCGACGCUCCAUCGCCCUGGCUCGCCUGGGCCUGCCACCUUGCUGAGGUCGAAGCACAGCUGCGUUUCCUAAGUGCUGUACAUAGGACCAGUUUUUAGAGACUCCUGCAAACCCUGUACAUGUGUGUCUGUGUGUGUUGCCCCCAGCAAGCUCUGGGUGGCGCCCCCUGCAGUGACUCUUAAGCGUUUCGACGGGUGGCGGACGAGCACGGCGUUAUUCCUUAGCUCGUCUGCACACGUGCUCGAUGUGUAUUUGUUUACGUGUACAUAUAUGGAUGUGUGUGUGUGUUGGUACAUGCACGGAUUGUGUAUUUUCGGUGUGCGCAAGUUGCGCAUGUGUGUGUGCAUUACGUAUUUGCUCGUUUAUGGAUUUUAGAGACGAAUAUGCGCACAUGUAAAAUGUACUGUUGAUGGAACACGCUUGUUCACAGCCGUCUUUACUGAACCACAUUUGCCGCACCAGUGCCACAUGUUUUAUCAGCAUCGCAAACCGAAGGGGGCAAGCUUUUCGAGAAAAAAAGAGACAAAAAUAUGAAGUGAAUAAGGCGUGAUGAGCGAGUAUCCAAUGUUUAAAUCUUCGACUGCAUUUUAUGUUGAACUAAUUUAAUCCCGGGACCUAUUUUGGUGACUAAAUUUCUGCGUAUGUACAAGAGGUGUACCAUAUGGUGAGAAUGCGGUUUAUGUGCAAAAUUCAAGCGGUGACAGCGGUCAGUGUGAUGUUGUCCAUUGCACUGCUUGCACUCGUGUAUACAUGCUCUCGUGACUUUGCACAAGCUAUGUAUGUGAUGAACUGGAGGUUUGAAAAAGGCCACACAGCUUUAACGCAAGACUUUCUGUGAUGUACGUGAAAAUUAAAAUCCCAGACAUUGGGUGGUGUUGCAGAAACGAAUAAACAAGGAAGAAUUGUUGGUUUAGCUUUUCUUGUACAUCUGGAUGUACUGGAACACAUGUAUAGUUUCUGAUUUAAAUGCACCAAACAUGCUUGAAUUUUAACGCAAAAAUUUUACAUUCAUCAUUACAAUUUGAAUGUGGCAUUACAGUGGUGCAGAGUAACCACAGGUGAAGACUAGCAACAGUGGGAAAGUUGCAAUUUGGUGCUACCGAAUAGGCAGCUGUAAGCUGUUCACCUUAUAUGCCGUCUAGGCUUGACACCUGCUUACAGCUCAUAAACUACAUGCUGGUAUGGCUCAGUUGCUAUCGCAUUCUGCUGCCAAGCAUGAGUUUGCUUGUUCAGCUUCAGGUCAUGGUGGCGGUAAUGUGAUGUGCACAGAAUGCGAAAAUGCUCGUCGUACUUGGCCUAAUGUACCUCAGGUGGUCAAGAUUAUUCCGGAGAACUUCUCAGAGCAGUGCCUUGUGAACUUCAUUUGAUACAUAGCAGACAACGCAAUGAACACUGUAGAGACUUCUCUCACUGCUUUCAUUCGUGACCAAAAAAUAAUGCGUCGCAUAUGAAAUAAAGAGGCAGGUGUGCUGCAUGUAAUUCGAUGUAGCUUUAAGUCUCAUAUUUUUAUAGCAAAAUAUAAUGUUAUGGAGGGCUUUAGAGAUCUGAACCUAUUUACCUCUGUGGGAGCAGAGUGACACAUUUCGGGAACCAGUGGCCACAACGUACUGCUUGCGCUUGCGACCAAAACAUAGUAUGCCGCAUACUUGAAGCGAAAAUGUGUGCAAGUCAUACAUAGUGGGAUGUAACUUUACAUCCAUGAGUUGUGGCUUAGAUAUAAGAUCUACUUUUGCUGUAAAAGCAUUGCGGAUAAAAAGUAACGGCAUUGUGAAAUGCACAGAGUAAGGUUUCUAUGACCGCGCUACUUGCAUAGCUUCUGUAGCUUUGCCUGCUACAUUUAAAACGGAGUGUACUUGAGGAAGUGUGCUCAAGUAUAAAGAAUGAGGAAUAUAUUUGCUUCAAUCCCAUUCUGUAGAUUACUGCAUACUAAAAAAGUGUGUGUCCUCAAAAAUGAUUUAUCGAGAAUACAGCUAUUGUAUGUACCUGGGGGGUGAUGUCAAUUUAGCCAUGAUUUGUUUUAUACUUUCUGUUCUUUCGUAUUUUGAUCAACAGUGACACUGACAGGUGAUGUGUUGCCAUGGGAUGCACAGUUAUCUGGCUCCUAGAGAGAAGCAGGUUAUGAUCUGUGAUUUGUAGAGGACUGAAUUCCCAGGUAGCCUUCCUUGUAUUGUGAUAUGGUAGUAGCGACUAUGCAUAUUUUUGGAAACCCAUUAUUUACACCAUUAAAGAGAACUCGAAUGAGGUGUUUUAGAGACAUUAUUUACCUAAUAUUAUGUCGCUUGUGUUGGGAAUUUGAAGACUGAUUGUUUUUAAGAUUUUUUUUUACAUUCUUAUUGUGGCACGUUGCUAUCAGAAAGGACAUUUUAUUCUCAUACUCAGUUAUGUAUAUCUGUGUUGUACCCUCUACAUUUUGUGCUAGUCCUCAGACAUAGUGAGUGUGGCAGGGUGCUAUAUCGAUCGUUACUAUGUUUGGUAUUGUUGGUUAUUCAAUGCUGCAUAUGGGCAGGAUAUUACUAACAUUAAAAGGUCCCUGAGCCACUUUUUAUCGAAGUCGAGAAAUGCAUUUGAAAUUAAAUUAGACUGUGUGCCAGUGUGCCAAGGCAUCAAUCGGGAGCAGCCAUGCCUGAGCGCGAACUGUCAAGCAUGCAUGUAGUCUGACCUUAAGUUUUGCAUGGUUCAAGGCUCGCUGAGUGUUCAAAACUAGUCGAAAUUAGCGAGACCGGACGGCUAUGACACUGAUAUUUAAGCAGGGUGGCCAAACUUUAAUUCCUAUGCUAGUGGCCGUGGCCAAGCGUGAGUAGACGAUAGUCUGCUUCUUCCGGAAGUAUGUAAUUAUUUCGAAAUUCGAAUGCAGAUUUUCAGUUACUUCAGCCUGUUUAUUAAACUGCGUCAAUAAAUAUACACAGAAGCGCACUGAUCCAUACACCAUUCUUGAUUGAUGUCAGCUAUUGGAAAAUAGCAGCCGCGUAUGGGAAUCCGCUUUAUUAUGAAAUAAAGCAUCCAGAAAAGAUUGAGGAGCAGGCUUCUGUUGAAAAGAGAGUGUUUGAGAAAAAAAUGUCGCAGUUUCGCCCGAAAGGCGAAGCAUCGAUUGCAAUAGCAAAUUAGUAGAGCUAUUCGGAGUAAGGAUAGUAGUAUUAUCGGCUGCAUAAACUUGGACACAUUGGCUUACUAAUUAACAAUCGUGGUGUCAGCGCGCACAAGCAAACAUGAAUAGAUCACACUGAAUGACCGCAGCCAACGACUGUCAAAACGCUGGCAGCAAGCGCAGGUUCACGCAGUCUAUCGCUUCAACGGAAACUGAGCGGCGAAUGCACAGCGCAUACAAAGGUCAGAGCCGUGUGGAGAUAAGAGACGGUGCGGGCGACCGGCUCCACCGGGCAAAAGGCAGAGAAGUUGUUGGCAGAGGAGAAGCUGCCCCCCCCCCUCUUCCCGUUUCUUGCUUUCGCGUGGGAGAUUGAGUGGCAAGAUACGCCUUUGGUGCCGGAGCACAGCGCCGCUCCGCCUCGCUCCCUCCCAUACCCCCACGGCCUUUCGCGCGACGGUCGAGUUUUCUUUCCACCAUGCGUUCGCUCUCCGUGAUAGAGCGCGUCCCCCGUGCGCUUUUCCUCGCGCAUACGGCGCACGGCGAUGAUUUUAUCGCCCUUGGAAUCUAUACGGAACCUCACAACGACGGCGACGCCGACGGCAGAAAUCCGGUUGAAGUGUCUGUAUAAUUGCUGUCGCAAUAAAAAGUGACUUAACGUUCUGCUUGUGAGCUCCAUGCGCCGCGCAGAGCUGCAGAACUUGGCUGAGAUGUUGACAGCGGCAUAUGGUAUCCGCAGACUGUGUUUUUUCACCAAGCCCAAGGGGUGGUUCAGGGCCCCUUUAAGCUGUGCUGUGAGUGGAAAACCAGUUUCAGGGUCUCUAAAUACCGUUCUUUAAGUUAAGUUGUAUCAGUAAAUUACACUUCUGUAAUCCAAAGCAACCGCUUACCAUAAGAGGUGAUUUUGUAAGCCAGAAAAGAUGCGAAAUUGAAACUCGAGUCAUGAUGUUACCCUGAAGCGCCCACACCAGCAGGCCGUGGAAUUUUAAAGUGUCUACUCAGUUGUAGCGGUGUAUCAGCAAUGAAAGCCUGCAUCACAUUCUAAAUGAACCGAAGACUCAACCUAGCAAGUUUAAACUAUCCUGCACCAAAACUAAUCAAAUACGAGAUGUUGCACUGAAAUUCGGGACAUUUCAAUGACAUACCAACAUCCAUCAGAUCAACAGAUUCGGAUCUGAAAGAAAUUGCCAUGGCCUGCAGUGAGCACUCUGACAACCUUGUGAACUUGACAGAAUAAACAAAUGGACAUGAUGGUAAUCCAUAACUGAAUUGACUGGCACGAACAGAGGACAAGGAUGGACGAGAUAAGACAAUUCAAGGCAAGAUAAAUUGUUAUGGAAAUGCUAUUGAGAAAACAUUUUUUGUUGUCAUGUCAGUGACUGGCCCUUUGUGUUUACACUGCUGAUUUAAAUGAGCUUGUGCGUUCAUUUACAUGUCAUAGUGGCAACUGCACAAAACGGCUGUGCUUUCUACAUAGCAGGCAUUGUCAUUGUGCUUAUUUGCAUCGAAGGAAGAAGUGGGUUCUUGAAGGACUAGUGUUUGGGGAUGAAAAUUUUUACAGUGGUGAUCCUGCAUAUACAUUACAGUGUUGGAUGUAGCAUGAAGAGAUGAAGAUAUUGGCAGCAUUACAUUGCAUGUGACCGUACAGUUCGAAGGCAACCAUUCAUGCAUGCACACAUCAUGCAAAAGACAAGCUGCAAAAGUGGAAGCAGAGUGCAAUCUUAUACUUCUUUUGCAUACUGGUUAUAUGGAAACCUUUCAUGGUUGAAAAGAAAAAAAAUAGCUUUUUGAUAUUUACUUGUCCUUCGUUUAAACUGAACUUCAGAUAAAUGGAAUGCAUUUUCCCCUUUGAGUGCCAUAUAGGCGGAGCAUACUUAAUAGGUGUUGAAACCUGCAAUCCCAUGUCAUCCUCAUGUUGUCUUGUCCAUCCAAAACUGCAUCUGCUGACUCCUACAUAUUAGCUGCUGCUUUUGUGGGCAGGGGGUGCUUCCUUCCUAAAGUUUCCCCAAGCUCGAAGGGUCCUCUUUUGACCUUGUCUGUGUUCCAUUGUACUAAAUAUUGGGUAAUACUAUGAUGAGACUCAUUUUUCUGGAUAUCUAAGAAAUAGUACCAGAAGAACUUAAGUUGUCCAUGUGUGUAGCUAUGUAAAUGGACAAUAGUUGGGUGCCAUUUUGGUGUGGCUAGUUAUCUGGCACGCAGUAUGUUCACAUAUGUUUAGAGACAUCUGCAGCCACCUGCAAAAUGUGAGCUGUCUGUGCAAAUGUCUAAUAUGUAUGCAUACUCAAUAUGGAAUGCAUCGUAGACUGUCUGUGCCGACACCUUACUAGAGUUGUCUAUGUAGCCAUCUUAACCUGGUGCAACAUGGACAUGUCUUACUGUCUCUCUGUCACGAAAUCAAUGUUUUGUCUUCUGGUUCCACCUCAAGGCUCUGAUGCUUGUAGCCACUGUUCAGCGGCAGAUAUGUGCCAGUUAGUGAGCGACUGCGGUUAAAAUAUAAUCAACCAUGGUUAUGAAAACGUGAGUGUUGAAGUGAUGAAUUCUGUAUGCAACAUCACCUCCGUUAAGGCUUGAGCAACAGAUAUCACUACAGAUAGUGAAGAGGUUUAGCUUGUCCGGUAAUCGGGUAAACGCGGGCGGACCGGGCGUUGGGGCCUUUUGCCGGAACCGUAAACGUCCUGUAUGGUGCUGCCACCUGGUGGCGCAGAAAUCAAACAUACAAAAAACAGCUAAUAUUGCAGUAACCAUGUGUAUUCUACUUCUCCACUGGUGGAAAUUUUCGGCGGCAACACGAUUACGUCACUGUCGAACAUUUACACCAGCAGCGAAGUAGAAUACACUUGGUUACUGCAAUAUUAGCUGUUUUUUGUCUGUUUGAUUUCUGCGCCACCAGGUGGUAGCACCAUACAGGCCGCUCACGUUUGCAGUUCCGGCAAAACGCCCCAACGCCUGGUCCGCUCGCGUUUACCCGAUUACCGGACAAGCUAAACCUCUCUAGUGUCUUAUGCUAAGCUGUAGCAAUGGUAAUGCAAUUUCUGUUAAUGUAACUGCAGCAGGUCAUCCUCUACAAUGGUUUAUUGAAAAUGCUUGUAUGCACUUGCCAAUUUUUUAAUGAAAGGGCUUUGCAGCACCGUACUACCAUACUGAAUUAUUGGCACUGCCAACACAAAAUAUUUGCAUGCAGUUUUUCAAAUUCUAGAUUAAGAAAGUUUGUGUGAUUUUGUACUGAGGCAGAUAAAAAGGCCACUUAGCCAAUACUUACAAAUUGGUGCAAGUGUCACCAAAUUGUUAAAUAAAAAAUUGUUGGCAAUUGUCCGAUUUGCGACCCCCUCCUCUGAAGCAUGUCUGCCGGUUUGUGCAAGACAUUGACAUUGCCGUUUUAAGGAAAUUUGUUGAUGCCAUAUAAGCAAUAGGCUCUUUUUCUCUUGUUUUUAUUGGUCAUAUUGGUGCAGUCUGCCUCAUCUUCUGUGGGCACCAGCUGCGACCAAGUUCGGUUAUUCACUUGCUCUUCAUCUUCGAUGCUUAGACACUUCAUCCUCCAAACGUGCAUAAUGUGGAUUGCAAGAAGCAAUGGCUCUGUGAACAUACAUUUAUGAGAGCUCAUUGAUGAGCGAGGCAGCAAUCGAGAACAAGGCUAAUGUGAACUGUGGUGGUAAAUUUUUUGGCACUUGAUCCGAUUUGCAGUGGGUGGCAUAGAGGAUUGAAGGAUAAUAGAAAUAACAAGUGAGAUUGGCAAGGUUUGAGCUACGUGGUCACCAAGCAGGUCCCUAUAACUCUGUCCUUUUUUCUUUUCCUGCGCAGAAUGUAUCUGUACGUGGAGUGACACAUGUCACAUGUAACCCUAGAACUUAGAGAUAUUUGGAGCCGUGGCAAUUUUUAACACAGAAAGAGCUGUUUUCCAUUAAGUGUGCCACAGAGGCAGAGAGGCUUUUAAAAGGAAACUUUCGGAGUCCUAAGAUUACAUUAUUUAGAGGCUGCAUAUAAUCUGCCGUGAAACCUGUACAUACUUAGAAACUUUUGGAGGGGUCCAAUGCCUCUUGGCAAAGUAUUGUUGCAGCAAUGGCUAGUGUUGUAUGCAUAUUUUGUUUCUGUGUGCACUAUACAAGGAGCACUUAUCAUAACCUGUAUGUAUAGGAAAAGCUUUACACAAGCAGCUUUGUAGUGCGAGAGAUAUAGAACAAGUCGGGGAGUUGCGCAGUGAUUAGUGUAACAUAUAGUGCUGCAGUCAAUAAAGCUGCUUUUCUGGAGUGUCAGUAUUUAUGGUACUGAGGUAUGCACGUGAAUUGGCCUGUGACACCUGCUCUACAUGAGUGUCUGUUGGGCUACGUCUGUGUGGUUGUGAUCUAGAUUCACGCCCGUCACAUUUGUGUACGAAACCCUGUAUUGUGUGCAGAAAGUGUACUUGGUUGUUGGCAGUGACGGUGAGCUAGAUGUGAUCACAAGAAUAAAUGAUAACCAAGGCA